GAUUAGUAGAAAAAAUACUGUAUACUCGUCAGUAAAUUUUCUGGUUCAAUAAGAAAAUAUUAUUAUGAACUAAGUUUUUUCACAAGAAUACUAUAAUCUAAUACAGUCAGAAAAAACUGUUGGCAGAGUUUGUUUGACUCACAAUAGGUUUGACUUGACGAGAAUAAAGACUUGAAAGUAACACGUCGCUUAAAAAACGUCUACACCGAGAAGUAAUUUAACAAGGGCUUAAUAUGAAAUCUGUCAGUAACUUUGUAACUACAUGCUAUAGAUAGUGCAAUGUGCAGCGGUCUAGUUUCAUAACGAAAUCUUUCGCAUCUGUGUAUCACUCAGCUGUUCGCUGACAGUAGUAAUGUCAAAUUUCAAUGUUUUUAUUUUUGACAUUCUGGUCAAAUUCAAGCAAGAUGGGUUUGGCUUGCACCCGUCAGUCUUAUAAUCUAAACCACUAUGUAAAUAAAGUAUUGUGAAUUUAUCAGAUUAGUGCAAUAUAAAAAUGACGUCUGUUUCAAAUAAUUUGUUAACAUUGCCUGUUGAUAUUCUUAUAUUCAUAUUUAAGAAACUACAAUUAGAUGAUCUUGGACGCUUAAUGCAGACUUGUAAAACCUUAAAUAAUUUAGUUCUAAAUAACAAUACGAUCUGGCGAUCACUCCAUUUAAAUUGGUUAAUGUUGAAAGAUAGAACAGAUAGCAGACAUCAUAAUAACUUAUCGUGGUACAAACGCUGCAGAGCGUCUCAUAAUUGGUGUAAUGGGUAUUAUAAGGCAAAGGUGGUUCUCCAUCACUAUUCAAAUUACAUGCCAUGGAUUGACUUUCACAAUUCAGAAGCUCUACUUGUAUCAGUAGGAUCUCAACUGCAUUGUUAUCCUACAAACAAAAAAGGUUUGCCAUUUGGUAGAAAACCUGCAUGGAAAUUAGAUGUGCCUAAAAUUAAUAGGCAUGAUAUAAGAACAAAUGACAUUUCGAGAUUUGUUGUAAAACAUGAUUUUAUAGUAUGUGGAAACAGGGAUGGUUGUGUAACUAUAUACAGAAUAAAUAACAUACAAAGCCGGCCUAGAAUAGAGUGCCACAUCCGUGAUUGUCAUGAAAAUGGUGAAUCGGAAGUAUCAGCUGUGGAUGUCAUAGACAAUAGGGGCCAACUGGUUAUUGUCUCUGCUUCCAGUGAUGCCUCUGAACUAUGUUUAUGUAGUUGGAGACCAGAUGAAGACAGUGAUAUAGUAACUGUACCUGAUGAUCAGGAUAGCAAAAAUGUAGUCAACAUUUACCAUGGACAUGUAGGUGCAAAAUGUAUAGCCCUUAAUAAGGCACAAGACAAACUAGCAAUAGGUCUCAAUGGAAACAGUAAGCCUCUCUUACUUGAUGUGAAUAACACACAAUUCCUAAUGACUGCUGAGGAUACUAAGAAUCCUAAACAAGCUAUACGCGAUAUACAGUGGCAUGAUGAGAACAGUAUUGUUUAUGUUACUCAUUCAGGGUUCCUACAAAUGAUAGACGUCAGAUCUCAUAAUGUGAUUUAUAAUAUGAGAGAUCCUUUUCAAUCUACUUUAUACUGCGUGAAGUCUGAUGGUGAACAUGGAAUCGUGGUCGGCUCAGCUGAGUAUUCGCGCUGCGUGUUGUUUGACUCACGCAAUGAUAAUAAUCAUGUGCAGAUGUAUUUUACGCAAAGGAACACAUCUCCCGUCUACAGUCUAGAUUUUGAUUCGACAAAGUUGAUUACAGCAGUAGAUCGGGGUGUCGGGGUAUCGAACUUCAAUGUCGACCCUUCUACAGAACCGCAAAGAGAUUAUUCUCAUAUUUUUUAUCAAUAAAUUAUUUAUUUUAUCGUUAA